AUGUUGCAUUUCAAUGUGGCUAAGUGCUCGGUGAUGAGCUUCAUACGCGCCCGAGUACCUUUGCACCACGAAUACCGGAUUGGCGCGGAACCCAUCCGGAGAGUGUCGCAGGUGCGUGACUUGGGAGUGCAUCUUACGCCUGAAUUAACGUUUCGUGAUCAUAUUACGAAAAUUUGUAAAAAGGCGUACAGAAAUCUCGGCUUUGUGUUAAGGCAGACGCGACACUUCACCAAUAUUACCACCAUUAGAGUACUUUACGACGCGCUGGUUCGUAGUCAUUUAGAGCACAGCGCGAUCGUUUGGGCCCCACAAGACGACAAGUACACGAUCAUGUUGGAACGCGUGCAGAACAAGUUCGCGAGACAUCUGUACAUGAAACUCUAUGGGGUAUAUCCGGUAUAUCCGCUGAUGUACCCCACAUUGUUCGUACUGGGCAUGGUCGGGUACAACGAACUGAGGGUGCGACGCGAGUUUGCCCUCGCGUUGUACCUGGUGAAGCUGUUGCGUGGUGUCGAGCACAACCCGGGGUUCUGCGAUGCCUGUGCCUGA